UCAAGACAAGUCAUCCAGUUCUCCUCUCUUUUACCUAUAGGAAUAAAAGAGAGUUUGGGCUUUGUUGCAAGGGUUGACAAAGAUCUUCAUGAUGAAUAAUUUUGACAUUUUCAAAAUUCUUAAAUCGUACAUGAAGUUACACAUGAUACAUAACAUGGGUCUGUGCAAGCUCGUCGACGCCAUCUUAUUUUUCUUUUUCCUCCUCAUCGCCGUGGUGGCUCCGCUCAUCGACGCCCAGACCUGUCUCCCUCUACACAUGUUUCCCGAUUUCCUGGUCGAUCUCAAAUCCUGGUACGCCCGCGAGUACGGCGAUUAUUUGAUUGUUGAGAAACCAGGUUUUUUCGUGGGCAUUGUGUGGCUAGAGCUCCUCCUCCAAUGGCCUCUCUCCAUCGCUAACCUCUAUGGCAUUGUCGCGAAGAAAUCCUGGAUGAAGACUACUUGUUUGAUCUAUGGCGUCUCUACCUUGAGUACCAUGGUUGCUAUAUUAGGGGAAUUAAUGGGUUCGGGCAAGACAUCCGAUAAGCUGCUGAAAAUGUACUUCCCCUUUCUGGGUUUUACUGUUUUAGCGAUUUUGCGUGGAGUCGUGCCACAGAGUAACAAGGCUUCUUCGGACAAGCUCAGCAGACCCAUGAUGGAUAGAAAGAAGAGGAUUGAUUGACGACGAAAACCGCACACCCAUCACCUUCGUCUUUGUUGUUUGUUAAGAUAGAGAUUUUUGUACUCGGGUCGUUCUUAGACUUCCUUUGGUGCUCCUGUUUUUUAUCCAGAAAGUCUGAUGUACUACUGAACCAGUCUUUACUAAUGAGAGCCAAUUGUUGUAGGGCAUCAAAUGGAUCGAGUUAUACUUA